UCACUUUGAAUACUCGGUCGGUACGCUAAGUGUAGGGUACUGCUUGCUUUGCUGGCACGCUACGCGGUUUGCUGUCCCAGACUACUCUUUCCGGAGCAAACAAUCACAACAAAGACAACAAUACGUCAUCGGCACGACGUAUAGAUACCUCACUCCAGUACCUCAGCAGAGCAUCACGACAACCAUACCCACCAUUCACAAACAUGGGUUUCUUUAACAAGCGCAACACGACGCCUGUCGCCGCAGACACUACAACGGCAACUGGUGCUCACGAGAAGCGGACUAGACCCAGGCGUUCAUCCAAGGGCGGCUCAUCGUCCUACAACAGCAGACCUGGAUUUGGAUCAUGGCUCAAGGCUACCUGGCUCGAUAUCCUGACUAUGGCUCUCAUGGGCGCUGUCGGUCUUGGUGUUUACUUCGCUGACCCAGCACCAAGCCGCAGCUUCCCCAUCAUCUUCCAAGAUGGUGAGAUUGUCUAUCCCCAGUUCGCUUACCCUAUGCGUAACGAGAUCGUUCCGAUUUGGGCUGCUGCUCUGAUGGCUUUCUUCAUUCCCUUUGCUGUCUUCCUGAUCGUUCAAAUCCGCGCUCGCAGCUUCUGGGACAUCAACAACGCAACCAUCGGUCUGCUCUACGCCUUGAUCACUGCCGCUGUCUUUCAAGUCUUCGUCAAGUGGCUUAUUGGUGGUUUGCGCCCUCACUUCCUUGCUGUCUGCAAGCCUGUCAUCCCUGCCGAACUUCUCCCGACCGUCGGCACCAACGACAAUGGCGUUGACGCUGGUAGCGGCUACGGUAACGUCGCAAAUGGAUACCGCCAGAUCAUGUUCGACCGCAGCAUCUGCACGGGUGACAGGAAGGAGAUCAACGACAGUCUCGAGUCCAUGCCCUCUGGUCACACCACGGCUGCCUUCGCUGGAUUUGUCUACCUGUAUCUGUACCUCAACGCCAAGUUGAAGGUCUUCUCCAACCAUCACCCGGCUAUGUGGAAGCUCAUCGCUCUUUACGCACCUAUUCUUGGAGCCUGCUUGAUCGGCGGUGCCCUGACCAUCGACGAAUACCACAACUGGUACGACAUCCUUGCUGGAGCCGUCAUUGGCACCUUCAUGGCUUUCAGCGCCUACCGCAUGACCUACGCCUCAGUCUGGGACUUUCGCUUCAACCAUAUCCCUCUCAUGCGUCACGCUCCUUUCGUCUAUGGCGCCGGCCCAAGCUCUUUCGAUGGAUUCCACGAUGCCGUCUUCACUCGCAAGGCCGGAUGGGGUACAAUUGAGGGAACUAGCUGGGGCGGUGCGCCGUUCGAUGCUGCAGAUGGUCCUAGGGGUACCAUGAUGCCACACCCUGACGGCCCUGCUCAUGGCCACCACGGCAGUGCCUCGAGCCGUGUUCAGAGGAAACCUGUCGGUGCCGACAGGCAUGGUGAGCAGAUGGUCUAAGUUGCAGCUUAGGCUGGUAGAAAUCUCAGAUAUGUCAGCCUGUAGCAUAGGGCUACGUAUCUACCGAGUGCUGUGAGGUGCAGUUGAUAUAACACUGGGAACAGAGCUUAAGUAGGGCGUUUACUGGAGAUGCCAAGUUGGCAACUCUGAUUUGACGAUUAUGAUAGCGAGGCGUUAAUGGUCUCUGGGAAUACCACGAUACUAUAGUAUAGAGUCAAUUU